AUGGUUGCUGAUGACAAUGACCGAGAAGCCUUACAGGAUAUUGUUAACAACACUAAGUUAAGUGAAGGAUAUCUGACUCUUGCAAGGGAUAUUGAGAUCAUGGAGGCCAAAACGCCUGAAGACAUCUACAAGGACAAACUAAUGACAGUACCUUCAGACUCAACCACGGGAUCUUCUGGAAAUUGGCUAUUCAAAAAUAAAGAACAUGGCAAGACUAGUGCAGCAGCUAGUCUGGGUAUGAUUCAACUGUGGGAUGUGGACUGUGGACUAUGGACUUUCCCAACUCGACAAAUACUUCCAUAG